AUGGACACUCUGACCUCCCUCUUGGGAUGGGCACAAGGGGCGAGCGCCCGGCCCCAGUCCCCCUACCUGUUGCCCCGCAGGCCUUCUCUGGUCCGAGGCCCCAGCCGGGCCCGGAUCGCCCGCUCCAGCAGCGCUCGGCCCGCCCUCCGGCAGGCCGGCCGCCAUGAGCCGGUGGAGGCCCCGCUCCCUCCGAGCUGCACCCUGAGCCCCCGCGCCCGUCACUGCCCCGCCACCCUCGCGGACCCGCGCACAGACUUACUCGGCGUCCGGUGCAGAGCUGCUCCGGCCCGGGCGCCGCUACUCCGUUUCCCACUUCUAGCGCCCGGCCGGUGCGCACUGACUGGGCCGGGUCCUCUCCUCCCCCUUCCGCUGCCCGCGGCUCCCUCCCUCCUUCCUCCUUUGCCCGCCGAGCCCCGGCGAGCCCAGGCCGAGCCCAGUAGCGGAGCUGAGUUGGGUGUGGGCCGCGGCCGGGCGGGGCCCGGUGCCCGGAACCCUGCGCUGCGCCUAUGGAGCGGAGGAGCCCCGACGGGGCGGGUGGCACGUGCCCCGCAGGGCGCCUGGGUCUCUGAGUGGCGCGGUUGCGGCCCACCCGGACAUUGGUCAGGGACCCCCUGGUGCUUGAGCCCAGAGCAGUUCAGAGCUGGCUGCCUCUGCCCAACCCCGCGGCCCUGGUGUGGUCGGCGACCUCAGCCCAUGAUUUACCCCCGGGUUGAAUGCUACAAUCCCAUCGUCCGGCUUCACUGGGCAUCAGAGGAAGGGUGCACGCGGAGAAAACCCUGCACAGAUCCCGAUGCUCCCUACGGUGAGAUCCACAAUGCCCCCUCCCCCAGCCCUGCUGUUUAGAGUCCUAACAGAGCUACU